AUGGCACAGCCGCCAAUUCGGGAAGGCUUGCCCCCUGCACCGGGGCUAGCACCACCUCUGCAUGGAAAGGAUUGCCUGGUAUUGCCUGAUUGGUGCGUUGAGGGCGACUCCAUCAAGAAUGGGCAGCUGUGCACCACUCAAUGCGAUUCCGGAUUCCAGCCCAAUGUCGUCAGUUUGGCGUGCGUCGACGGAGCUUUGUUCCCAGACUACUUUGAGUGCUUGAAAGGCAAGCAGAAGAGCUUGGCAUCGCUGAUCGCAGGGCUUUGUGCGAUGUCGGUGUGUGUCCUGUGGCUCAUAGGAAUGUUUUGCUCUGGCAUCAGUGCAGCACGCACACCCAAGAGGGGGCCAGAUCCGGAUGAUGCCGAAGAUGAGCUAGAGCCACUGGCCACCACCGACCGAGACGAGACCCAAGAUCUUGAUAUGGCUUUCAGACUCUCCAAUGACUUGCUGCAAGCUGUGGCCAGCACCGUCUGCACGGGUUGUGACAUCGUCCAAGCAUUGGAUGGCCUGCUGGAAUAUGUGCAGCAGCAUGAACACAAUGACGAUCUGGAGGUUCAGCUGAACAACGAGCUGGAGCAGGACAGCCUCCUUCGUGUCUUCCGGUCUGGCCAUGGCCGCACUGAAGACAACAUCCUCCACUGCAGCUGGUUGGAUGCCUUGGACGAGCCCUUGGGUGCGUUAUGGCUCUCGAGCUACAACUUCCAACACAAUCGUCCCAAGUUCCGCGGCGUGCGCUUGCCACAGCCCAGAUCGGGUGCUGUGCGCUUGUCGUUUUGGCGAAGCUCCUUUACGAUCGCUCCUCAUGCGAAGCGGGGCACGCGGGCAGUGCGGGUCACCUAUGCCCUGGCGCGCAGACCCUCGUCAGCUGCCUGCAUCUUCCCAAGCAUCAUGCAUCGCGAGGUGCACGGUGCCGUCGACUCGGCGAAGACGGUUUGA